AUGGAUUUGUUACUCUAUACUUAUUUAAUUGGUUCAUUCUCACUUUUAAACGCUUUACUUGUGACCGGUACGAGUGAUUCACAUAUGUUUGACAACAAUACUUUAGCAUUAAAUAUUAUUCUUCACAGUAAACCAUCAUCGAUAUUCGUCUACACUGAUACCGAUAAUUUAACACAAGGCUCGUCAUUAUUAGCACUAAAAGGUUAUCCUAAGAAUGUUGUAUACAAUCGUGUACCAAAAUCGGCGAGCACUACAUUACGCUAUCUUUUUCGUGAUCAAGCAGCCAAUCGUGGUUUCACAAUUUUGAACAAAGAAAUUUAUGUUCCAUUUCUUCUUUCUGUCGAUAUACAACGAGAAGUAGCUUCUGAACUUGAAAGUGCAAAAGCACCUGCUUUAUAUGAACGCCAUAUGUAUUUCAUUAACUUCGAUGAUUUUCAAAAACCACAACCUGUUUAUAUUAACGUUGUUCGAGAUCCUAUACAACAAGUGAUAUCUGCUUACUAUUACUCACGUGAAACAUGUAUCAAUGAACAACGAUGCUAUUUCAACACAACUUUUGUUAAUGAGACAUUAGAUGAUUGUGUCAGGAGUCGAUCAGCAAGUGAAUGUGUCAGUGCAUCUCAAGGUGUUAGUCCGAUUCUUCCUUUUUUCUGUGGUAAUCUAGUGGCAUGUGAAGAGAACAAAACAUUUGCAUUACAACAAGCAAAACAAAAUAUUAUCGAUUAUUAUACAGUGAUUGGCAUUGUUGAAGAAUUAUAUAAUUUUCUAUUUGUUCUUGAGCAUAUGAUGCCGAAAUACUUUGCAAAUAUAUGCCAAACAUAUAUGUCCAAUGGAAUGAGAAAAGAGAAUGUUAGACCUAAAAAAACUAAGAAUAAUGAACCAAGUGAAACAACCAAGAGAUUAUUACGUGCAGCGCUCGCCGACGAAUAUGAUUUGUAUGAAUUUGUUAAAAGACGAUUUAAUAUACAAUUUCAACAAGUUUUACAAAAUUUGGCAAUAUAA